AUGCCUAAAAAGUUUGAUUUCACUGUGAUUUAUGCAACAAGUGAAGAUCCGAAAUAUAGAUUCACAGAAUUGAAUACACACAGUCCCAUAAUAAAAGGUUGGAAGUCAGAAAAGAACUGUGAUUACCCACAGGAGAUAAUUUUACAGCUAGAAAAGAGGUGUAUUUUGAAUAAAAUUCAGAUCUUGGCUCAUCAAUACUUGAUACCAUCAAAAAUUGAACUAUUUCUAAGCAAUGAAGACACAAAUGUCAUGGAGGAUGUGACUAAUAUAAACUGGGAUUAUUUGGGGUACAUAACCUUAUCCACUAAUGAAAGUACUGAGUUCAAAAGCAGGGAACUCAAAUCUGCUAAUGUCCCCAAAAAUCUUGUCACUUAUGUAAAGUUAAACCUGCAUACAAAUCACUUCAAUUCUCACAACAAGCUCAACCAGGUUAGCCUUAUAGCAGUAAACACUCUGGGUUCCCAUAUAGAAAACAGACGUUCUUCUAUCAGUGAGACAGAGGAUGAAGCAAAAUUAUAUGAUAUUAUGAACAACCCAGAGUAUUUUUCGCCUUAUGAUGAUCUAGCCUUUUUAAUGUAUGUGGAUGUAGAUAUUGCUAAAAUAAUAAAAGAGAUGGAAGUGAAGAAGCACUUGGCUGUGAUAAGAGAACGCUUUGAAUAUGCUAGGAAACUAAAGAAUGCCAUGGUGAAACUUAGAGUAGCUGGUGAAAAGCUAGGGAAAUAUGAGCUAGAGAAACACCAUGCUAUUGAAAUUGAGGAUUAUGAACGAGCCAGGCACAAGAAAAACCAAAUGGAUCAGUUCAGAGCUGAAAUAUAUGAGGAAUUAUGUGUUGAACAGCUGAUGGAACAAAAUGGAAUUUGUUCCACAAACGAUGAAUGUUCAGACGAGCCAGAUUCCGCCCACAAGAACCUGCUGUCCCCCGUGCUGCCGAAAGGGCGCUGCCCGUCCCCCCAUCAGCCCCACGCCAGCUCCGCCUCCCCCGUUCACGUGCCCCGAUUCAGCAGCCCCAAGACGGGGUCGCCGAGCACCGGCAGUCCCACGAGCUUGCAGAACAGGGGUUCAUUCAGGCGGAGAAACAAGUCUGCAGGUGCCAUCGUCAAGUCCACAUACGAGAUGUAUGAAGAGAAGCCUUUGCCAGCUUUGAGACAUUCUCAAACCAAUGAAUUCCUGCGAGAAUGCCAAAUCGACCCGGACCUCAAAACCACGUCGAAGCUGACAGAAAGAGAGAAAAAGCAAGCCGCCCUUCCCAUCCUGGUGUUCGGCAGCGACCUCAUCGAGAAGUUCUACUCAAAACACUACUGCGACAAGGAGGAUGGGCUCAACCAGCUCAAGGAAUCUCUGAUUUCGUACGACGGCAGCAAAGUGCACGCGCCCAACAAGACCGCCAGAGGGACGGUUUUCCUACUGCACAGGGCGUUGCGGGACAAGGUGUUUUCCGUGUACAGUCUGGCCAACGAGGUGAUCCGGCUGUUUUUCGUGCAUUUCGUUCCAGGAAGGGUGGCCUCGGCUGAAGUGGCGCGCAGUGUCGACAAACUGUUGCCGGAAUUGUUGACCAAGUCCGGCGAUACUAGCCAGAGGAUCAACCAGAUGGCGGUACAUACGAUACUCACGAUGGCGGAUUGUAAAAGCGUGAGAGAACUUCACAUAAUACCCGUUCAUCUGAGUAGAGCAGUCAGUAGCAGUACUCAUCCUAGGUUAGCAUUGAGUAGGGCUGAAAUGGUCGAACAGCUUAUUAUCAAUCAUGGAAUCUCUACCGAUAAGCAAAGCGGUCUGACAUGCCGAACCCUGUCCGAAUUCGGCUCCAGCGGGCUGCACCACCCAGCGGAGGCAGUGAGGAAGGUGAGCGAAAGGAUUCUGGUGCUGGUGUACGGGGUGAACCCGAGACUGGUGAGGAAGCAGCUGCCGCCCGACGACGACAUCACCAGGAGGAACUUGCUCUACAGGCAGCUAUUCCACGAAUUCGACAAAAUCGAUUUACAGAGAAAACGAGAAGCUCUAGAGAAAACCCGUCUACUGCAACAAACAACGACAGCCCUAAAUCCAGAUUGCUUGAGCCCGGAGCCGAAACAGAACGGUCGUCUCGGCCUCAACAAGAGCGCCAGCUCGACGAACGUGAAAACCGCAGCGGAAAAUUUCCAGGUCGAGCCGCCGGAUCAAGGAAAACAUUUCGGCUUGUCGACGAGCGAGAGCAGGAAUGAAAUAGAGGCGAACGGUUUGAAUGGAAGGACAUCUAGUUCCGCCAGUGGAAUAUCGACGCCUAGCAAUAAUUCCCAAAAAGGGGAUGAGGAAAACAGGCAAUGCAUUUUCUGUAACCAGCACGAAACCACGAUAUUGUCGGUCAGCAAUUCCAUGAAUUCUCAUUAUUGGAGAGCGUGCCCUAUGUUGGUACGUUGCAAGGUAUGCAGUCAAGUCAUCGAGGUGUCAGCUCUAAUGGAACACUUGCUAGCUGAAUGUGAACAACACGAACAGUAUACGCAGUGUUCUCAAUGUUCAGAAGCUGUCCGAAAUGAAAAUUUCCAAAACCACAUCAAAACUUGUAAAGAACUAACUGAAAGUUGCAUUAGAUGCCCUCUGUGCCACGAAAAUUUGGAACUAGAAGAAAACUGCUGGAGAAAUCACCUGAUGGGAGAAAAUCCUUGUUCAAAAAAUACAAGGAUCAAGAUUCUUCAACAAAAGCAAGUCAAAAUUCAAGUUUGA